GCGGCGGCGGGGCCCGCGUCCGCGCUGCCGGCCGGGGGCUCAGGCUCGGCCCGGGAGGGCUGGCUCUUCAAGUGGACCAACUACAUCAAGGGCUACCAGCGGCGCUGGUUCGUGCUGAGCAACGGGCUCCUGAGCUACUACAGGUCGAAGGCAGAGAUGAGGCACACCUGCCGCGGCACCAUCAACCUGGCCACUGCCAACAUCACCGUGGAGGACUCCUGCAACUUCAUCAUCUCCAACGGGGGCGCACAGACCUACCACCUGAAGGCCAGCUCGGAGGUGGAGCGGCAGCGCUGGGUGACCGCCCUGGAGCUGGCCAAGGCCAAGGCUGUGAAGAUGCUGGCAGAGUCAGAUGAGUCCGGAGACGAGGAGUCCGUCUCCCAAAGCGACAAGACCGAGCUGCAGAGCACCCUGCGGACCCUGUCCAGCAAGGUGGAGGACCUGAGCACCUGCAACGACCUGAUUGCCAAGCACGGCACCGCGCUGCAGCGCUCCCUCAGCGAGCUGGAGGCCCUCAAGCUGCCAGCUGAGAGCAGCGAGAAGAUCAAGCAGGUCAACGAGCGGGCCACGCUGUUCAGGAUAACGUCCAACGCCAUGAUCAACGCCUGCAGAGAUUUCCUGGUGUUGGCCCAGACUCACAGUAAGAAGUGGCAGAAGUCGCUGCAGUAUGAGCGCGACCAGCGGAUCCGGCUGGAAGAGACCCUGGAGCAGCUGGCGAAGCAGCACAACCACCUGGAACGGGCCUUCCGCGGGGCCACUGUGCUGCCGGCCACCACCCCAGGCAGCGCCGGGCCGGGGAAAGGUCAGGGCUGCGCCGGCAAGGGGGACAUGAGCGAUGAGGACGAUGAAAAUGAAUUCUUCGACGCCCCAGAAAUCAUCACCAUGCCUGAAAGUCUUGGCCACAAACGCACUGGCAGCAACAUCAGCGGGGCCAGCAGUGACAUCAGCCUCGAUGAGCAGUACAAGCACCAGCUGGAGGAGACCAAGAAGGAGAAGAGAACCCGGAUCCCGUACAAGCCAAACUACAGCCUCAACCUGUGGAGCAUCAUGAAGAACUGCAUCGGGAAAGAGCUGUCGAAGAUCCCCAUGCCGGUGAACUUUAACGAGCCCUUGUCCAUGCUUCAGCGCCUUACUGAAGAUCUGGAGUACCACGAGCUGCUAGACCGGGCUGCGAGGUGCGAGAGCGCUCUAGAACAGCUCUGUUAUGUUGCAGCUUUCACCGUGUCCUCCUACUCCACCACUGUCUUCCGUACCAGCAAGCCAUUCAACCCGCUCCUUGGGGAGACCUUCGAGCUGGACCGGCUGGAGGAGAACGGCUAUCGGUCCCUGUGCGAGCAGGUGAGCCAUCACCCCCCUGCUGCCGCGCACCAUGCUGAGUCCAAGCACGGCUGGACGCUGCGUCAGGAAAUCAAGAUCACCAGCAAGUUCCGAGGCAAAUACCUCUCCAUCAUGCCCCUUGGUACCAUCCACUGCAUUUUCCAUGCCACGGGGCACCACUACACCUGGAAGAAAGUCACCACGACAGUGCACAACAUCAUCGUGGGCAAGCUGUGGAUAGAUCAGUCUGGUGAAAUUGAUAUUGUAAAUCACAAGACAGGAGACAAGUGUAAUCUUAAAUUUGUUCCUUAUAGCUACUUCUCUCGGGAUGUAGCAAGAAAGGUGACAGGGGAGGUGACCGAUCCGUCAGGAAAAGUGCACUUCGCCCUUUUGGGGACCUGGGAUGAGAAAAUGGAUUGUUUCAAAGUACAGCCAGCCACGGGCGAGAAUGGGGGUGAUGCCCGGCAGAGAGGCCAUGAAGCUGAGGAGAGCAGGGUCACGCUGUGGAAGCGGAACCCCCUGCCGAAGAAUGCAGAAAACAUGUACUACUUUUCAGAGCUUGCACUCACUCUCAACGCCUGGGAAGGGGGCACUGCGCCCACAGACAGCCGGCUGCGGCCUGACCAGCGGCUAAUGGAGAACGGGCGUUGGGACGAGGCCAAUGCAGAGAAGCAGCGCCUGGAGGAGAAGCAGAGGCUAUCCCGGAAGAAGCGGGAGGCGGAGGCCAUGAAGGCCUCGGAAGACGGCACACCCUAUGACCCCUACAAGGCGCUAUGGUUUGAGCGGAAGAAGGACCCUGUCACCAAGGAGCUGACCCACAUUUACCGGGGCGAGUAUUGGGAUUGCAAAGAGAAGCAGGACUGGAGCUUGUGUCCGGACAUCUUCUGACGCAGCCCGGACAGGCAGCACUCAGAGCGGAGUGGAGGGCAGGACAUGGGAGCUGGCGGGUGGCUGUCUUAACCGAUCACUUUGUCCAAGUCAAUCACCUGAGCAGACACCGUGGUGUGAUUGGCUGGUGGCCUUAGCUGACUGACUCCGAGUCGCGCCUGGACGCCUGGUGGCUCUGGCGAGGGAGUGGCAGCAGGUUCCCCAACGUGAGCCUGGCAUCCCUGGCUCUCCUGCUUCCGCUGCCUGUGACGGCGACAGCCUCGACUGCCUCUUGUUGCACCCUGCUGGGCCACAGUCUUUGGAAGGUUGGGAUCUACAGGUGGUUUGGUGCUGUCCAGAGCAAGAGCUGAUUUGAAAAUCGCUUCAGAAAGACACGGAAGAGGACUCAGCGAGGGGGCUGAGAGCGGCUGCGGGGUGACCCUGAGAACCUUGUGUGCAGCUGGGCGCUCGGUGGGCCGGAGACUGCGGCUGGCCAGGCGGCUCGCUCCACCCGUGAAGUUCCUGCCCUGGACCGGGAGAUGCCCCUGCCCGUUUCCAUCAUGCUGGCGGCAGCAGCUGCUGUGCGGGCUCCCCAGGCCUCGAGGGCAGAAGAGUCUGCAAGAGGACGUGUCCUCACUCCGAGCUCUCCCUGGACAGCGCUGCCUGGCCUGAUGUCCUCCAGGAUGGGAGGGGCCUUCACCUGAACCAACAAGCGUUUUCACCAUCUCUCAAGCCCCACGGACCAGAGCCAGCUCUGGAAUAAUGUGUUAAUACCUGUAUAUUAUAUAUAUGUAGAGAAAAAUCUAA